UGGCGGACGUAAACAAAAGUUCAGCCAGGUCGCGAAAUUCUGAUCGACUCCGGUCGGACCGGUUCGGCAAUAAUCGAAGAUGGGUCGUCGAUCGGGUGCUGCCGGAUCGUCGAGAGCGUCCCGAAAUUAGUCGUUGCGUUGAAUCUAGCCGGAGCGGACGUUUCUUGGCUUGUGAUCUACAAUGGACGCGAUCAAGUUGGUGAUCGCGGCUGUGCUGUUGUGGUUGGUGGUGGUGAUAGGGCUUGCGGAAGGUCAGGACAACUUCCAGUGUGGUAUACCGCGAGCGAGGUCGACUUUCUUGAUUAUUUACGGGGAGAGUGCGCGGCAUGGUCAUUGGCCAUGGCACGUGGCGUUGAAGCUGCGGCAGAAGGAUGGGGUGGAGAAGUACGCUUGUGGCGGUACGUUGAUCAGUCAUAAGUUUGUUUUGACGGCGGCUCAUUGCGUGCUGAGCGAGAACCGGCAUCAGCUGUUGAGGAGCGUGAAGGAUGUAACGAUUUGGGCGGGAGUUUUCAACUUGGAUCAACCGGAAGAGACGUUGCAGGUGCGAUCGGUGGCACGAUUCCACAUCAAUGGUUACACAAGAGAUAACCUGUUGCACGAUAUUGCACUGCUGGAGACGACGGAGCCUUUCCAGUAUUCGGCGCACGUGCUACCAGCCUGCUUGAAUGAGAAAUCGGGAUUGCAGACAGGGCUGGGAACCGUAGUAGGCUGGGGUGUUUCCGAAAACGAUCAAAACUCGCCUACUUUGAAGAAGUUGGUGAUGCCGGUCGUAGCCGAUACGGAGUGUCUGAGAAGCGAUCCCGCUGUUUUCGGCAUUGCUACGGCGAAGGAACUCUUCUGCGCCGGUUAUGCAAAUGGAUCUGCUCCAUGCAACGGCGAUAGCGGUGGUGGACUGAUGGUCCAACAAGGUGACUCUUGGUAUCUAGCAGGGAUUGUCUCAUUUACCAAGGUUCGGAAGGCCGGAUCAAGCCUUUGCCUUGCGGAAUCCUACACUGCGUUCACCAAUGUCACAGCCUACUGGAGCUGGAUCGAAGGCGUUACGAAUAUUGACUUCCGCGGAAAGUUUAACGAAGAACGUGACAUUCCAUGUAGAACUGCCCUCGGUACCAUGGGAAAUUGUGUACCGCUGCAACAAUGUCGGGACAUCUUCAACAUCAUCCGAGCGCCGAUCGUCUCCCAGCAGGAUGCUCACUACAUAAACCGAUCCAUCUGUCGAAUUGCCGGAAUUCCUCGUGCUGUAUGCUGUCAGCAACAGCACAUCGAGCCUCUGCCUCUACAUCCUAAUUCACUACUCCUGCCCAGUGACUGCGGUAGAGCGCGGGUUCGCAGCGGUCCCGCUGCCGGUCAAUCCACCCUAGUCUUCGAGUUCCCUUGGAUGGCCAUAGUGCGGUUCAAACCUAAGCGAAACAAAGUUCCUCACUGUUUGGGAACACUGCUUAACACCAGAUACGUCCUCUCGGUUACGGGUUGCAAGCAGAAGCAGAAGGAGAAUCCUAUCGAUCACGUCCGCUUUGGAGAGCACGCCGAGUCGACCACGAUCGAUUGCUCCUUCGACGAACGGGGCCGUCGAAUGUGUGCACGGAACGUGCUGGACGUCAAAGUCGAACGCUUCAUCGAACAUCCGCAGUUCGACGUUCCGAUGUACACCAACGAUCUGGCGAUCAUCCGCCUGGUAACCGAUAUCGACUAUUCGGAUCAAAUCCGCCCGGUGUGCCUUCCGCUGUACUCCCCGAGCCGAUCGAACGUCCCCCUGGACCAGAUCAUCACCGCGUGGGACCUGGACUACAUGACCACCAACAUCUACAAGGGUGAACUGCGCCGCUAUCCGGAGCGACUCGUUGACCUGGAUGUGUGCCAGAAGGGCUACGAGAAAGCCGGCUUCACUCCAAUGUUGAGUGAGGAUCGUAUGUGCGCUUUGCAGCUAGGACCGGAGUACAACUGCCAGCGGAUGGCUGGGGCACCGGUUGGAACCUACGUCAAUACGGACGGAACCGAGCGGUUCGUUCAGUUUGGGUUGUGGAAGUUUGCGCCGCUGAAUUGUACGGUGCGGGAAUCGGUGCCGGCGUUGGCCAUGAAUUUGGUGCGGUACUUGGAUUGGAUUCUGCAGAACCUGGAACCGUCCGAGAAGAGCAUUAUCAAAGCGUGAAGGAAUUGUUUAGAUAAGGAAAUAUAUGCUUAAGUUACAUAACAAAUUGAUGUAUUU